GCGAAGGGAAGUGUCCAAGGCUCGCAGUUCUCUCUCUCUCUGUGUGUCUGUGUCUGUCUGCUUUCUCUAACAGCUAUCCCUGGAUCUCCAGGUCCCCACAUUCAGACAAACCCAAGAUUGCUGUUCCAGCUUUACCUCAAACGCUUGAAGAGUUGGAUUGGAGCCAUCCCGAAGGAGCCCUGGAAAAAGAUGGAUUCAGGAUCUGGUGCCAUCAGCAGAGCCAUGCUCCUGUUCUGGCUGUGGGCUGGCGCUGGCUGUGCGAUGCAGCUCUGUGUGGAGAAGAUGCCGCAGGGAAAGGGCGCGGCGCGGUGCGGAGUCCAGCUGCUGUCCUCCAGCCCCGAGGUGCAGUGGUUCCGGGGGCCGCACAAGGUGCUGCCGGAUCAGUCCCACUCGCUGCUCUAUGGGGGCAGCGUCCUGCAGAUCGGCAUCAACAGCCCCGUCGCGGGCACCGUCUACACCGGCCGCCACUCGGGCUCGGGGGCCGAGGCUACUGUCGACAUCGGGCCGACCUGCGGCUUCACCGGCGUCUCCUGCCAAUCAGACAGUUCUUGUCAGCGUUACCAGACUGUGAAGUGUGUCCUAACUGGGCUGUUCCUGUCGCUUUGCCUCUCAGCUUUGGCCGUCACAUUCUAUCAUUGCAGAGAGCAAUCCAGUCCCGCUCUAAAGGAAUGGAAACCCAGAUCAGGCACAGAUGCGAUUUAUUCCGACUUGAAGGAGGUGACAUCUGAGGGCGACCAGGCCCAGCCUGGGGCCUCAGGCCAAGGGGUACAGGCCGAGCCAAGUGGCUCCUCAGAAGUGAUGGUGGAGGCCGAGGCCGGGCCUCGCCAAAGCCUGAAGGAACAGGCCGAGGCCGGGCCUCGCCGAAGCCUGAAGGAGCAGGCCGAGGCUGAGCCGCGCCGAAGCCUGAGGGUGCAGGCCAAGGUCGGGCCGGGUACGACCCAGGCAGAGAGGCAGGAAGCUCCUGUAUACACCAGCCUGACGAAACAACCGAAAGAAGCGGAAUACCAACUCCUCAGACCAGAGGGACAGGGAGGUGAAAGUGCAGUGACUUACUCAGCAGCUAGCGACGAGGUGACGGUUCAGGACCCGUGAGGCAACAAGCCAAGGUUGUGAGGUCGUGAAGGGAGGUGCUCAAAAGCUCAGCCAAACCCCACAAAAAAUCGAUUAUUCAAAAACCCAAUUCUCUCAAUAUCUCCCGGGGUAUCUGUUAUUCUGUAUAUAACCCACCCUGAACCCCUCGGUUAGAUUCCAGUCUGUAACUCCCUCCCGGGGUAUCUGUUAUUCUGUAUAUAACCCACCCUGAACCCCUCGAUUAGAUUCCAGUCUGUAACUCCCUCUUGGGGUAUCUGUUAUUCUGUAUAUAACCCACCCUGAACCCCUCGAUUAGAUUCCAGUCUGUAACUCCCUCUUGGGGUAUCUGUUAUUCUGUAUAUAACCCACCCUGAACCCCUCGGUUAGAUUCCAGUCUGUAACUCCCUCCCGGGGUAUCUGUUAUUCUG